GGGCCGGCUGAGAUGGGAGAGAGCAUGUCCAAGAGGCUGAAGCUGCAGCUGGGCGGUGAAGCGGAGAUGGAGGAGCGGGCUUUCGCCAACCCCUACCCCGACUACCAGCCCCAGGGAGCCGUGGCAGCCCCCAGCGCGGCGGACACCCACCGGGACAGGGCGCUGCCCCCCCCCCCGGGCUGCUUGUUUUACUCCGGUACGGGAGUGAGCGCGGUGCCGCAGGCGGAGGUCAAUGCUCGGUUCUCAAAACGGAUCCAGGCAAAAAUCAAGGACCUUCUGCAACAAAUGGAGGAAGGGCUGAAGACGGCAGAUCCACAUGACUGCUCUGCCUAUACUGGCUGGACUGGUAUUGCCCUCUUAUAUCUGCAACUGUACCGCGUCACAAAAAACCAGAGCCAUUUGCAGCGAUCUCUUGAUUAUGUGAAGAGAAUCCUUCGCAAUCUGAAUGGCAGAAGAGUCACUUUCCUCUGUGGUGAUGCUGGGCCAUUGGCAGUGGGUGCAGUGGUUUACCACAAACUGAAAAAUGACACUGAAUCUAAAGAAUGUGUUGCCAAGUUGUUGCAACUCCAAAGGAGUGUCAUCAGCAUGGAUUCUGAACUUCCAGAUGAGCUGCUCUAUGGCAGAGCAGGUUACCUGUAUGCCUUGCUGUACCUGAAUACUGAAAUCGGUCCAGACACUGUCCCACAGUCUGUUAUCAAAGAGGUAAUAGAUGCUAUUAUUGAGUCGGGGAAAAACUUUUCAAAGGAGGAGCGGAAGACAGACCGUUGUCCUCUGUUGUACCAGUGGCACAGGAAGCAGUAUGUUGGAGCAGCCCAUGGAGUGGCUGGGAUCUAUUACAUGCUCAUGCAGCCAAUUGCAAAUGUGGACCAGGAGACCCUGACAGAGCUGGUGAAGCCAAGCAUUGACUAUGUGCGUCAUAAAAAAUUCCGGUCUGGGAAUUACCCGUCAUCACUGAGCAACGAGACUGACAGACUGGUUCACUGGUGCCAUGGUGCCCCUGGAGUCAUCCACAUGCUCAUGCAAGCUUAUAAGACUUUUAAAGAGGAUAAAUACUUGAAAGAUGCUAUAGAUUGCAGCGAUGUCAUCUGGCAGAGAGGUUUACUGAGAAAAGGGUAUGGGAUCUGCCAUGGUACUGCUGGCAAUGGCUACUCCUUCUUGUCUCUCUAUAACCUAACUCAGGACAGAAAGUACCUCUACCGAGCUUGCAAGUUUGCUGAAUGGUGUUUGGAGUAUGGUGCACAUGGAUGUCGUAUUCCUGACCGACCUUAUUCCCUCUUUGAAGGUAUGGCUGGAGCUAUUCACUUCCUCUCAGACAUUUCAGUACCGGAGACUUCCCAGUUUCCAGCGUUUGAACUUAGACCUCAAAAGAGGGAAAACAAAGUGGAACAGGACGGCUAAAACCAUCAUUUUGAAAGGAAACUGAUGCCAAAAGAGAUGAGACUGUUUAGUGCCUCUGAUAGUGAACCAACUUGACACUGAACUGACAGAUGGAUAAAGCCCUUUUCUCACCCCUCCUGCCCCAAAGGACCAUGAAGUCAUUAGAGCAUGAACAGGAGAAGCCACACUUAAGUUCUGUUAAAGUGAUACCUUCAGAUGUAGGACCAGAGAAGUCAAGUUCUGAACUUUCUCUUUUCCGUUGUAUUUGUCUUCUUCGGGUCUUUGCCAUGCUCUGCACGUUUAUUGGUGUUGUGUGUUGAUCUGAGUCUUUUGUUGUUAGCCAAAAGCUGGUCUCUGUGUGACUCUCCGCCCUGUACCUUUGUGCAUGACUCACAAGAACAGUGUUGCUUUCUGCAGCGUGGUCACCCGCAGAGAGUUUGCUGCAGGACAGUGCCCAGCUUCACUGGUAUGUUGGCAGCUCUAAAAAGAGAUGAAAAAUGUUUCUAUGUUCAUUUUUUCUGCCUUUUUCUCCACAGUCCUUACAAGCUAAGCUGGUGGAGAUCAGCCAGUUUUGAUGAAGAGGCAUGAAGCCAUUUCCAUUUUCAGUAGCUUAACAGAUUGGAAAGGAUCUGACUGGUUUUUUGCUGCUGUUGUGGGAGGCUUCUUUAAAAGUCUGAAAGAAAGGUUCCCUUUGAUACCUGCUGCUGGUUAGUGUGUUAGGUGCUUGUAGCAGGGUGCAGAUGUUUCUCCCCAUCACUGCAAAGUCCCAUCCCAUGCCAUGCGAUUAAACUGGGGGUGGAGUCACUCGGACUAACCUCCCUCUACCACCAACAGCAGAGCCUGGACAGCAGGCUCUUUCCUGGACCUCAAUUUGGAAUAAACCAAAUGUCCUGCAGCAUCUCAUAUACAGAUGAGCAAGGGAGGGUGCCAGGGCAAGCUUCUCAUGCAGGUAGCUCAGGAUGGUCAUUUCUUUGAAACCAAAGUGGUGAUUAGUUCUGGGCCCUCCCCUCCCAUGUAGUAGUACAGGAGUGAUAAAUAGCAGCUGCUUUUGGAGGCUGCAGAGGAUUAUUGAGCAAUAUGAAGCCAUUGCCAGUGGCUGUAGCUGAACUUUAAACCCACAGAGAAAAAGCUCUUUUCCCAUAGUCUUAACUGCUGCUAGUGCUUUGCUUCGCCCCUGUAGUGUGGUGGGGCUGUGAAAUACUAGACCUGCCUCCAGGUGCUCCCAAGUAUCAGGCAUUGGUUUGGGAGAGAAAUGGGACAUAAUCCGAGUACUCUUAGAGCAAGCUUACGUGUCCAGGUAGUAUGGAAAGUGUAGCGCACUCCCAAGCACUCGGGCUCUGUGGUCAUCCUCUCCCAGGUCUCCGUGGGAUGACCCAUCCUCAUUCCAGGUGCUGAUUUUAAUUGGUGUCGUCUGUCAGGUGCAAGUGGGACAGAAGGCAGAGUUUGACCUUUUGGCCACGCAUUGGGAUAUCUGUGACCUGUGGGCAAUCUGCUGAGUGCCAGUGUCUGUGGUGGGCUUGGAGAUGCAUUGCUGCCCCUGUAAAAAUCAGUCUUGAUUUGUCACCUUGCACGUGACUUCCUUAAGCGCAUUCCAGUGUCUGUUGCUAAAUCCCUAGGGAUGUUAAUAAUUUCUCCAUUCAAUUCUGCUGGACAACAGCAGCAGUGUCAGUGCACAAACAGCUUAAUGUUACAGUGUAGGAGCUCUGCUGGUUUGUCAGGUAGGAUUAAGACAUGGGAGCAGCAGAAGAGACUUUUCCACCCCUCUGGCAAAGGCAGAAGGUGAGGUGGGAGCACCAAACCCAGCUGCAUCUCUAAAGCCAGAGAUGGGAGAAAAUGCUGAAAGGCAGUGGGAGUGGGGAAUGCUGCAUGGCAAGCAGCUGGCCUGAAGCAAACAGGAGCAGAGCAGCAGAAAGUGAGGAACAGAGGGAGUUAUUGAUGUGAGGGAUGAGUGAGGAACAGGAAGAACUGGUCACGGAGGCAAUGCACAGUGUACCAGCAGAGACCAUCUUGGUGAGAGAUUCCUCCACGCCAAGAAUGGCAAGAGUUUCUUUCUUCAGCCUGUGGAUCCCUGAUCCUGUCCAUAGAAAAGCCAGGAAGGAAACUUGCCCAGGAAGUCUCACAGAAAUACUAGCAGGGGUAGACGCCAGCUCUGAUCCUGUUUCACAUCACCCCCCACCUCUUUCUUCCUUCCCCUCCACUGUGGCUGCAGAGCAUGUUGGGUGUGUUAAUAGAGAAAGGGCUCACCACAUUUACAGGAACUGCCUGCAAACACUGGCCACCCUGGCAAAUCCCAAGCCUCUGAUGAAUGGACUGUUUAACUAGGGGGGUCUGCUGGCAGGUUUUUCAUUCAGUGAUUAUAUGCAUAUUGGCCUUGGCUAAUGUGCUUGCAAUGGCUCCUGUGGGAGGUGAGCUUGGCUGGCUGGAGCCUAAAGAGAAUUAAAACCUGCUAGUUUUAAAAAUACGCAGAUAUACACAGAACAGCUGAAUGCUGAGCAGAUCCCCAAGAUGCUGGCAUGUACCUGUCAAGAUGAUGAGCAAGUCAGCUACCUGCUCUUCAGUACCAUAGCCAGCCUUCUGACAUGGUGGGGCCUGGCAGGCCUGGCACCAUCUUUCUCUGCAGAAUCCUCUUGGAUUUGAGUAAGACUGGAAAUGUAACGAGCUGGGAAGUGUCUUGACAGUGCAUCUGCCUCAUCUUCCUGACGUGACUUUCCCUGUGGCUCCUCCUCUCUGUCUGUCCCAGCGUUGUGAUAUCUAGGUGGCCCCUCCAGGAAAGAUCCAGUGUGAAGGUGAUUUUACUGAGGCAUUGUCUUCAGAAAUGACAUCAAACUACAAAUGUAGAAAAUGUCUUAAUAUUCCCUGGUUUGCUUUGUCUGUGUGUAAUAGUCCACCUGUUGCAAAAAGCAGUAAUUUUAAAAAUGGAAAUGUUCUUUGGGCAGAAAAAGAGGAAAAAAAAUGCUGAUGUUUUGUUCUUUGGCUUUAUUAGUAAAGAUCAAGCUAUGU